AUGAACAACACCAGAUCAAGAAUUGCGACUGAAUCGGAAUUGGAAUCCGAGUUGCAAUUGGAACCAGAGUCUAGGACGGGUUUACAAAAAGUUAAAGCAUCAAAAAUGCAGACUCUUUUCAUCAAAUUGAGCAACAUCCACUGUGCUGAGUGCGAAGUUACAAUAAAAAAAGUUUUAUCGCAUUUUUUCAAGUUGAAUGUGAUUACCAACGAUGAGGUUAUCACCGAGCUGAACGUCACUAAUGAACUCGUCAGCAACAAUGAGGUCUUCUAUGUGCUCAAUAACUCAAUAGUGAAGCUAUACGGAAAUGACAAGACCCAUCUCAGACAGGACUUGCCAAAAAUUGUGAGGAGGUUGGAGAAAUUGGGAUUCGAUGUCAUCAUGUGGGAGUAUCUUGCAAAUGAUGAAGUGAGAGAAACAUCGUUGGAUGCUGAAGCAAACCAGGAUCUCGAGGCUGAUGCGCAUGGCGUUGGACAUGCCACCGAUGGGUUCUUUGAUCUCAUGGGUUUCUAUCACAAGUAUCUUGCGCGUAAAUCCACCAAACAGCACUUGAAGUUUUGCAAGGUUUGUCAGCUGCUGAGUGUGGGUGACUCCUCCGACGGGAGGAGGAAAUCCGUGGAACAAGGGCACGAGGCGUCUUCGCUUGAAACCAAAGUUGAACCAGCGAGCCAGCAGGAGUUUAGAGCUUCUUUCAUGGUAAGUGGCAUGACCUGUGCCUCGUGCGUCAAUACUGUUAACGACACUUUGAAGAAUGUCUUAACUGACCACGCUGCAAAACCAGUUGAUGGAGCACUACAGGAGCCAAACUAUUCUGUCAACUUGUUGCAGCAGUCGGUUGUUGCCAUCAUUCCCAAUAAGCAGCUCAUCAAUCAGAUCAUUGCCGGCAUCAACGAUUUGGGCUUUGAGUGCAAAUUGGUCGAAGUGUUGCCGGUGCAGAGAUCCAUCAACACCAAAAUCACGGCACUAAUCGGCGGGAUGACCUGCGCCUCCUGUGCAAACUCAAUCUAUGCGGCGGUAAAGGAGUUGCCGUUUGUGUUGGAGAGCGGCAUCAACGUCGUGACCAAAAAUGCCCAGUUUGUGUUGGCGGAUGACAAUGCCCAUGAGAAUUUAAAGUUGCUUCAAACUGCAGUCGAAGAUUGCGGGUUUGAUUUUGAAGUGGUGGCCAAUGAGAAAAUCAACUACACAUCGGGAAAGCAGAAACCGAGAACGAUCAACAUCAAAAUUGAUGGCAUGUUUUGCAAUCAUUGUCCCGAGAUUGUUACGAAAUACUUGUCGCACUACGGAGACGCGGCUGUUGUCAUAAACGACCCGAUUACUUUGCAGCACCCGAUCAUCAAAUUCACUUAUGUACCUAGCGGCGAUGUGACUGUACGGAAAUUCUUACACGAUUUGAACCAUUUGAAAGAUGACGGAGAAGGGGAUUACAAAAUCGCCAACGAGCCGGGCUCUUUCUCCUGUGAGCUUGUGAAACCAACCUCUGUGGAUGAACACGUUCGAAAAUUGGCACAGCGGGAAUUGAUGAACUUGGCCUUGAGAUUGGUGCUCGCAACGUUGUUUGCCAUUCCAACAUUUGUCUUUGGCAUUGUGGCAAUGUCGCUUUUGCCCAAAACACAUGCGUUCAGAAUGUGGGUUGAGGACCCGAUCUGGGUAGGCAACGUUUCCAGGGCCACCUGGAUACUCUUUAUCUUGGCCACACCGGUGUAUUUUUUCGCUGCUGAUACAUUCCAUCGGAAAGCAAUCAAGGAAAUCAAGUCGCUUUGGUUUCACAAAAAUUCAUUCAAGCAGAGGAUUUUCAAGUUUGGCUCGAUGAACUUGUUGAUGAGUCUCGGUACUACGGUUGCGUAUUUUGCAAGCAUCGCUUUAUUGGCAUUGAGUGCCAAACAACAUCCAGAAACCCACCAUGGCUUCCACACAACCUACUUUGAUGCGGUUGUGUUUCUCACAUUUUUCUUGCUUAUUGGCAAGUUGUUGCAGAGUUACUCGAAAACCAAGACUGCUGAUGCCGUUUCUCAGUUGGGCAGCCUCAAGCAGACAGAAGCUACAUUGCUUGAACAAGUUGAUGACGGCAGGUUUGAAAAUGACCAAAGAGUAGAUUUGGAAUGGUUGGAGGUUGGUGAUUACGUCAAGGUUGGACACGGCGAGUCUCCUCCUGUGGAUUGCGUGAUUAUCGAAGGUGAAUCCAAGUUUGACGAGAGUGCACUCACUGGUGAAUCAACACCAGUAAGUCACACUGAAGGUCACCAAAUCUUUUCAGGGACCGUUAAUAUCGGCCCCAAUUCGGUCAUUGGUAAAGUCACUAGCUUGGAAAACGAUUCAUUGUUAAGUCAGAUUGUAAACACUGUUAGGGAUGGGCAGUUGAGGAAAGCGCCGAUGGAGAGAACAGCCGACUUGAUCACUGGCUAUUUUGUCCCCGUUAUUGUUGCUCUUGCUCUCAUCACUUGGGUUGUCUGGCUUGCAUUGGGCCAUAGCGGCGCCUUGCCUGAAUCCUACCUUGAUAUAGAUAUAGGCGGCUGGACUGUCUGGUCGUUGGACUUUGCCAUUGCAGUAUUUGUUAUCGCUUGCCCCUGUGGUAUCGGUUUGGCAGCACCAACGGCGUUGUUUGUGGGCUCGGGCUUGGCUGCAAAGCAUGGUAUAUUGGCCAAGGGCGGUGGUGUUGCUUUCCAAGAUGGGGCCAACGCCAACGUUGUAUGUUUUGACAAGACUGGAACUUUGACCAGAGGCGAGUUGUCUUUUACCAAUUACUCAUUCACUCUGGCAAGCAAGAGCCACGUGUUGAAACGCUUUGGACUUCAAUUGGCUCGUGAUUUGGAAGUUGCCUCGGGCCACCCUUUGGCCAAGGCUAUAAGGAUGUUUGUUGAUUAUAUGUGCCAAGAACAAACGGUUGAGUUGCUGGGAAACAAGGUGCCAACAGUGGAAACUGUCCCUGGAAAGGGGCUCAGGGGACUGAUUGUGUACGACGAGAAUGAAGAUAGCGAUUGGAGCAAGUACCAACCCACAGACGCGAUAUUGGGCAAUGAAAAAUUGUUUGAAGAUUACGGCGUUGCAAUCACAGAUAAUCAGAAGCGUAUGUUGACGAGGUGGAAAACCGAAUGCAAGUCGGUGAUCUUGAUUGGUGUUCAAUGUCCCCAAAUUUACAACGACAGCGAGUACCAUUUAAUCUUGAUGUUGGCCGCUAGAGACCAACUCCGGCCAGAGACCAAGCAAGUAAUUUCAGUGCUUCACUCCAAGAGUAUUGAGACUUGGAUGAUCACUGGCGACAACAAGCUCACUGCCGAUGCGAUUGCAAAGGAAAUCGGCAUCACCAAUGUUGUAAGCGAGGUUCUCCCGGACGAAAAAGAGGCCCAGAUCAAGCGCAUCCGGCAGUUGAAAGAUGCAGAUGGCGCGCAACGAACCAAAUGCGUGAUUGCUAUGGUUGGCGAUGGGAUCAAUGAUGCUCCCGCGUUAGCCUCGGCCGACGUGGGGAUCGCGUUGAGUUCAGGCGCUGAUCUCGCCGUCACCUCGAGCGAUUUCAUAUUGUUGAACAAGUUGCAUCCGUUGAUUUGCUUGGUCACCUUGUUUGAGUUAUCGCGCACCGUUUUCCGCCGUGUCAAGUUCAAUUUCGCGUGGAGCUUGGUCUACAACAUGGUUGGUAUCCCUAUUGCCGCGGGUGUCAUCUACCCUUACAAGAACUCGAGGUUGGAUCCAGUGUGGGCUAGUGCUGCGAUGGCCUUGUCGUCAGUCAGCGUGGUUCUCAGUUCCUUGGCAUUGAGAUUUUACAAGCCUGGGUUGAACGCUAGUGAUUUCAAGUUGAGCGAGGAGGAGAGGAUACUCCCAAUUGAAGAGUGA